CCAUGUCAAGUUCUUCAAGGAAAAAACUCAGCAAAGCCAAAGCGGAAAGAGCUCUCUUCAGUUCUCCUUUAGCCAUCUCCCUCCCGGCCCUCUACUGCCUUUUAGACUCCCAUGGCUCCUGAACUGGUUCAAGCUGCUGCUAAACCAACCGCUUUAGCCAAACCUGUCACGUUGCCUAAGCGGGCUUAUGUCACGUUCUUGGCUGGAAAUGGAGACUACGUGAAAGGUGUUGUAGGGUUAGCCAAAGGUUUAAGGAAAGUCAAAUCCGCGUACCCAUUAGUAGUUGCCGUUUUGCCCGACGUGCCUGAGGAGCACAGGCGGGUACUGGAGAACCAGGGUUGUAUCGUUCGAGAGAUCGAACCCGUUUACCCGCCUGAGAACCAGACACAGUUCGCCAUGGCUUACUACGUCAUCAACUAUUCUAAGCUCCGUAUUUGGGAGUUCGUUGAGUACAGUAAAAUGAUAUACCUGGACGGAGACAUUCAGGUAUUUGACAACAUUGAUCACCUGUUAGAUUUGCCUGAUGGGCAUUUUUACGCUGUAAUGGACUGUUUCUGUGAGAAAACAUGGAGCCACACCCCACAAUACAAGAUCGGUUACUGCCAACAGUGCCCUGACAAGGUCAAGUGGCCUGCCGAGAUGGGUCAGCCCCCUGCUCUUUACUUCAACGCCGGCAUGUUUGUGUUUGAGCCCAGCCUUUCCAUCUAUGAAAAUCUCUUGGAGACCCUUAUAAUCACCCCUCCUACCCCAUUUGCUGAGCAGGACUUUUUGAACAUGUUCUUUAGGGACAUUUACAAGCCAAUUUCUUUGGUAUACAACCUUGUUCUCGCCAUGUUAUGGCGUCAUCCAGAGAAUGUGGAGCUGGACAAAGUUAAAGUUGUUCAUUACUGUGCAGCGGGGUCAAAACCGUGGAGGUACACAGGGAAAGAAGAGAACAUGCAAAGAGAAGACAUCAAGAAGCUUGUGCAGAAAUGGUGGGACAUUUACAACGACGAGUCACUUGAUUACAAGAAACCAACCGUUGCCGAAGGACAGGCAGAGCCCGUGAACCUGCAGCCAUUCCUGGCGGCGCUCUCAGAAACUGGUGCAGUCCAAUACGUGACCGCCCCAUCAGCUGCGUGAACAUGGCCAGCUAUCGUUUGGAAGAAGGAUCGGAUCAAUACAUCAACUAAUUAAACCAUAGAUGUAAAAAAUUAAAGAGCCAAAAAGGGGGCAAAUUCCUUUUCCCUAUUGAAAGGCGGAGGGGGUGUUAAACAGGGAUUUGGAAAUAAAAGCUUCCAGAUUUUGCCUUCUUUUUUUUUUUGUUCUUUUCCUGGUGUCGAAGUGAUCAAGUCUAGAGGCAACUUGACGUGUGGGGUCACAGUUGUAUGCGUCUGUUCAUAAUGUUUUUCCGAAAGGAGUCUCUGCUAAUGAAAGGGUAUGCAGAAAUGGGUCUUUUCCAGCAAUGCUGGUGAAAUAAAAAUACAGUACAUGUUUCUGAA